UUUUUUUUAUUUUAUUUUAUUUUUUUGCAAUAUUUAUCUACAAGCGUGCCUUUAGCGACACGUCAACAGAUCUUAAGCAAGGCGAUUGGAUGGUUUUUACUGCAAUGCAUCUUGGGAGUCGUAGUAAAUGGAUCUUUCAACUCACGGUCCAGCGAAUUUUUCGACUCGACACGAGGCAGAUCUUAGCUAGGUAAGUUGUGAUAAACUGUGGGUAAUUUGCAUGUUCACUGAAAUAUUAAUCAGCUGAUAUUAAACUUGAAAUGUUUUCACAGAGCAGUCUGUGUACCAAGAGAACUACUUCUGCAAAGAAAUUACAAAGCCAAAAACCCAAACCAUGCCCUUCCUGUCAGGCUCCAAACACCUGCAACAGGAAGACAUGCAGUGGAUGCCUGGGCAGCCUGAACGUAAAGGAGGGAUUGAAAAAAAAAAACAAGAACAGCAACUGGGCUGCCUCUGUUAAAAAAAAAAAACAAAACAGAAAUGCGAGCAGGGUGGUUAAUUCAGCCCAGUUAUCAGUAAGGUUUCAAAACUACAUGCCCUGGGCUUCCAGCCAAUUCUGUUUCUUGGACAGUUUGACCGAAAGGGCCGUAUAGUAGGGGACGUGAUCACAUAGAGCCAGCGGAUGGUGCUGCAUGUGACAUCCUCAUGAAGAUGAGGAAACUUUAUGAACACCUUCUGAGAAAAUUACAAGCUUCACCUCCUGCUAAAAGUUCUACACCAGCAGCUGGACCAUCCUCUGCUGACAGUGUCGAUGCUGGACCAGUCCCAGACCCAGAGGCUCUAAACGAGGAAUUUAUUCUUCAUUUAGAGCCUGAACCAACAUCUUCCCUCUGUCAGCCUCCUGUAUCCUCCUCUUCAUCUCUGCUUCCUCCUGCAUCCUCCUCUUCAUCUCUGCUUCCUCCUGCAUCCUCCUCUCCGUCUCUGCUUCCUCCUGCAUCCUCCUCUCCGUCUCCGCUUCCUCCUGCAUCCUCCUCUUCAUCUCCGCUUCCUACAUUUCCCUCAAUUUCUACGGCGUACACCUCGGAUGUCCAAAACAAAAAAAGGACAAGGAAAGAAUGCCGAAAACACCGUACACAGAAGAUUUUCAAAUAUGAAGAGAUAGUAGACAGGAGAGUUGUAAAUGAAAAAGAAGUUAAAGUCAAGUGGAAGCCCUGCUCGAUAUGGGUUAUGCAGGCUCAGUAUUGGUUGAAGAUGCAGUCACAUCUCCUUUUACUGAAAACUCUCCCCCUCUCCCUCACCAUCUGUAAGCAUACAUGUCUCAGUAAUGCAGUUCAUGCAUGUUACUAACUAAACUUCUUCCCUGGAGUUUCUGUGCUCUCUCAUCCAGCAGGUUCCGAUGGCUCGUGGCUGCUGCUGUGGUCCUGCUUGACAUCUACUACAUAUAUUAUUACUCUCUGACUUGAUUUGAUUAAUUUAUAUUACAAUGAAGGUGUAUAAAGCAUGACAUGAAUAUAGAAGAUAUUUCAUCCUAAAAAAUUGUCAUAUGUCACAACCUAAAUUAUCCUAUUUUGUGUGUGGUUGUCGUUGUUGUUUAUGUUUUUCUCCUGACUGUGGCAAAGUGUGGGAUGACACAUGAGAAUCUGCGCAGUUUUACACACAGUAAACCAGAUCCCUGUGUGCGAUCGCACAGUUCAGUUUGUAGUUCAGCAUAAAAGUUCGAAAUAAAAUAUUUACUAUACAUUUCA